GGGACUCAGACCGAGUACCGACUCGCGUCAUUACCUACACUUAUUUGUAAAUUACCUCCACCGGUCUAGCACGUUUUCAUAAAAACUUAAUUACGCUCUUAUUGUCCAAGCUUACAGUUACUUCAUUCAUUUUCGUGUAAGGUAGUGGUUCCGGUGAACGGUAUUAUCCAUUUCAAGGGCUAGAAUAAUUGAAGUGUUAAUACAAAAUAUGCCGGGGAAAUGCGGCGCUAAUGAGGCCUUCCUGAAUUGUUUUUCGCUGCUAGCACUGGCUUUUAAAUGUUUCCCUACCGAAUCAGUCGUACCUUUAUAUGACCUACCGUGUUUUUAUCUGGUAAUAGCAUGUCUGAAUGUAGCAGCAUUUCCUGAGAUUAUGGACUCAAAGCAAACUCCUCAGCUUUUCUAAAUCCAGGCCUGUCCUCUCUAAAAAGAUGAAGUAAAAGACCACCAAACGGAGGAAUUGUCUAUCUGAACCCUUGUCCAAACUGGUGCCUCCUGGAUGUGCUUGUAAUAUAAAUAAUAGUGUCAGGUGAGAGAGCACCUGACCUGAUGGAGUCCACCUCAGGGAAGUUCACGGUGACAAACAAACGCAACUGCAGGCGCAGGGCCCAGCGGCCAUGUCCGGCCAAAACCAUGACCACACGCCGCCUGUCCCGGUCUACACAGGGAUUCUUUGAAAGGUUACCUGCAGAAGUCUUCGACAUGGUGCUGGAGCUCCUUUCUUGUAGGCAGGCAGCUGGAACUGUGAUGGAGACCAGUGUGUUCAGCAUGGUGUCCAAGGCAAUCAACAGUUACAUUGUGAGCUACGUUUCCACACAUACCUGGAGAAACAGAAUGAUUUUACAGAAGUUUCACUACUCAUCUUCAAAAGAAGAGUGUAUUUUAGAUCACUAUAAAUCUCUAGGAUUAUUAUUCAAGAGAUGUACUCUCUUAUUCCCGACAAAGGACAGGUUAAAGUUCAUAUAUAGCAGUUUUUCACAGGUUCCAUGCUUCAUGAUGGAGGGCUGCACAGCAUCCUCAAAGUGUCUGGGCUUCGCCAGCUAUGGGGUGUUUUUGCAGACAUUGAUAGCUGGAUGGGAUGAGCUGGAGUGUCACCGGGUUUUUAAUUUCCUCUGCAACUUCACUAACCUACCCCGCAAGAUGGAAACCACUGUUACAGGAAAGCCAGGCGGGGCCAAAGGAGCUUUACAGAGGCUGGAGCUGCAGAUCAGACUCUUCUGCAGGAAUGUACUGCUGGACCCCUGGCAGAAUGGACGGGACACUCUGUUCUGGCUCACCUGCAUCCUGAAGCCCUGGCCUAUGGUCAGUCAGGCACGGCUGCUCUUCAUCCUCUACGGCCCACUUCAACCAAAUGGUAAGAUUGCCUGGCAUGAGGUAGGGGAUGGUGUGCUAGCACAGGGUGCCUUGUGGGACCUGGCCAAGGCACUCCUCCUGCUUCACGCAGAUUCCAAAGACUGGACUGCUGACACCAUCCUGAGUAUCAUUGAAGAACUGACAGUGCUGCCACAGGCCUGGCACAUGGAGAACACGGCACGUCUUCUCAUUCUGUGUGGAAACAGCAUUUGCUACAGUUUCCUAGCCAGCAAGGCCAUCAAUGGAAGGCUGUUUGAGAUUGCUAGGCUCAUAGCAUUUCUUAUCCUGGUGUGUGAGAAGGAUGGUUACUGCAUGAACUGGUCAGUGAAGAUGAUGCAACACCUCUGCAAGUUUUUUUCCACUGCCCCAGACAAGUGGUCCUUCAUACAGAGUGUGGAGAACAUGUUCUCUGAGGUCACCAUGGAAAUGUAUGAAGUGGUCCUUGCAGCAAAUCAUAAUGAGGAUUUAGACACCUUCCAGAAUUUGUGUAGCCUCCUGAAUGCUAGUGCUCAUUUCCACACUGAGAUGGUCUACACAUUCCUUAAGGAUUUAUAGAGUACUUUUAGGUCAGAACAGAAUUACUUGUUCUUUCCCCUGCAUAUUUCCACAAAUUUAAUCAAUACCAAUCACAGUUUAUUCAUAUGCUUAUGUAUGAAGUCACGUUCAGCAUUAUUAUAUUUAUUAAUAUGUUUUAAUAACUUCAAAUAUACUUGAUGAAUAUAUAUUUGAAUGUACAGCUAAAGUUUAAUAUUAUGAAUUUAACUCAGUUUACUGUUAUAUUCUGAUUCCAUAUUUUGAAGAUAUUAAAUUUACAGAUGAAGU